CCUGGUAUCCCUGGUUGCGCUCUGUUGCCGAUUGGCAGCACUGGGCCCAGUCUGCCUCGCCAUUUCUGACAGUUCUUAUGAAAAUAUACUCCCACAAAAUUCAAUUAAAUGUUUAUUUAAUAAUUUUUUUAAUGCCGGAUUAAUAAUUAUCGCACCCACUUGUAAACCCACAUGAUAAUGACUUCGGGCAGCGAAGAGUAUACAGUCGAAGACUCUGAUGAGUCUCUUUUGGACUUCAGAGAGAUCAAUGACUUCGAUUUUGAUAUACCCGAAGUGGCGGCACCCACCUUGGAGAAGGUUCUGUGGGACAUGGAGUCGGAAGAGGGAAGCGACACCACGUCGUUACAAUCCUUCCAAAGCAUGACUUCCAGAUUUCGCUCCAUGAUGUCCCAUUGUAUCCUGCAAGGCCUUUCCACGCAAAUUUCCUCUGCAGCUGAUAGAGUUAAAGCCGGUUUACCCUCGGUGAUAGCCAACAGUUUAAAGUAUGUGGCUGUGGGCACAUCGCAUGGCUACAUUCUGAAUUUCGAUUCAGAACAGAACCUGUGCUGGUGCUACCAGAACCCGAGCUUAGUGGAUCAAGGAGCGAUAUCUGCCUUGGCCUUUAAUCUGGAAAGCAUCCGGCUGCUUGUGGGAUACGAGCGGGGCUACAUUACGAUGCUGGACGCCAAGAGCGGAGACAUGAUAAGGCAAAUGCCCGAUGCUCAUGCCCCGCAAACGGCCGUUCUUCAUCUGCGAUUCACUUUUCUCCACAACCUUGCCCUGUGUGGAGACUCGUCUGGCUGUGUUUUUUCCUUGGGGUUCAAUCGCAAGUUGGGGAUGCGAACCUGGGACUCCAAGUGUCUAUUUUCUGGGGCUCGAGGCGAGGUUUGCGUCUUUGAACCGUUAGUCCAGGGCCAUGAUGUGAAUUUCCUAAGCAGGCAUGCGUUGGUUGCAAUGGCCACCCUAUCAAAGAUUAUUGUGAUAUCAGUAAAACCGCGCCUAAAGGUGCACUUUAAUCAGCAGCUACCAAAGAUAUCUUCAUCCUUACCAUUAAUUUCCUGGCAAUUAGUUUCGAUAGGGAAAACGUUUCAGCCAGUCCUGGCUUGGGCUAGAGCCAACUACUUACACUACGCGAGGUUAAUAACGAACUUCGGUUCAAGCAGCAAUAAUAGAAUUAGACUGAUGCCUUUACGGAAUGUACAGUUGCCUUACACUUUAACAGCAUUACAUUGGCUGGGCACCAGACAUUUGGCCCUGUUGGACACUAGUGAAAAUCUGCAUCUAGUCGAAGUGCGCACUCAGCGCGAGCUGGAACUGCUGGAACUUUCAAAUGCUGGCCUGGUUUAUGGGUCAGCCCACUUUAAGGCUUUGGCAGUUGGGGGUGGAGUGAGCGAAGCUUUUGCCCUUGCUGGCGAACGCGCGUGCUACAACAGUUUGAGCAGUAGAGGGACGCAGCUACUGCUGCUAGGAACAAAGGCCGUCCAUUUGGUUAAGCUGCGAACGUGGCCCGAGCGCAUAAUUUUCCUUAGCGAACAAGGCAGAUGGGCGGAGGCUCUGAAUUUAGCCGCUGAGGAAGGCCUGAACAAGGAGAGCUUCACCAUAGAGCUGUUGACUAGAUAUUUAGAGAAUCUGAACCAAAACACUGUGGAUAAAGACAGUCUAACCGCAGCAGUUGCUUGCUGUGUUAGAUUGAACAAGAUUGAUAUUCUUUGCAACGAGCUGCUGGAAGCGGUUACAACUGACCAACACAAUCUGGACUGGUACUAUUCACUGCUCACUGAUCACAUUUGCGGCGGUAGUUUGAAGGACUUGUCGCCGUCUGUUUCGCAGAUGUUAGUCGCGCAUUUAGAGCAUAGAGAUCCGCAACUACUCGAAAGCAUUCUACUGUCUUUGGAAAUAGGCUGUUUGGAUUUGCAUCAGGUGCUGAAGGUUUGCAAAAGACUGAACUUGUACAAUGCCUGGAUUCACAUUACCACCAGAACUCUGGGCGACUAUACUUCGCCGUUAGUCGAGUUUCUAACAGAUUUAACGCCCAGUAAUAACAGGUUGGGCAACACUCUGUUAGUGUACGUAUCAUCUUGUCUAGCAGGUUUGGGCUACCCAAAUGGAAGUAUACCCGAAAGCGACGUUCCCCGGGUAAAAUAUGACGUGCUAAGGUGCUUAGAGACGGUGCAUUCGAUUAAUGGAAAAUCCGAUGAGGGCAGCUAUCCCUAUCUACGGGCGCUAUUAAGGUACAACACUAGAGAGUGUCUGAAUGUGGUGGAAUUGGCCUUUACUGAGGCCGAGUUUUUGGGCGAAAUGGGGCUGUUGCAAAGGCAAAGACUCAUCCACAUUCUCAUGCAAAUCGUUACCCCGCCCCAAUUUUCGGACAGCCAGAUAAUCAACCUGGCCUGCUUCAUAUCAAGAUUGGUGACCAACGACAGUCUAGCUAUCGACGAGUCGAUGCUAACCUCGGUGAUACAGUCUUUGACCAAUUUGGCUGGCGAUUCUCUAACCCUUCGGGAUCACUCAGAAAAAGAGCAGGCAUGGCUGGAUUUGCUGAAAGCAAAAAAACUCACCCAGUUCGACUUGACAAAGCUGCUGGAAAUGGCACUGAAGUCGCGCUGCUAUCGAGUCGCCGAACAUUUGCACGAACUGCAGGGCAAUUUUAGUAGCAUCCUGGAGUGCUACCUGAAGGAUCCAGUGCGCGUAAGCGACGUGUUUAACUACAUUCUCAGCUACAUCCAAGCGCCAGAACGCUGUGUGAAGCAACAGUUUUUAGAGAAUUUCAACCACUUGGCGGCAAUCAGCUGCGAAAAGGCCACAGAGAUAGUCAUCGAUCAUUUUCCGGAUUACAUCGAAGCGCUAACAGAUCUGCUCAGUGAUGAUACGGACUUACAGUACAGUUUUCUAAGUGAACUGGUGUCAAGCGAUCUUAAGUUGCCGGAUAAAAUAGCCGAGCUGUUCUUGGAACAGGUGUGUGCCAGACAUCCGUGUAAAGCGUGCGAAUUUUUAUUGGCUCGACCGUGUAGAACGGAAGCAGCUUUGGAGAUUACACGAAAAUAUCGGGUUCAUCAAGCGACAGCCUUGCUGUUGGAGCAAUCGGGAGAAUGGACUGAACCCUUGGAGCUGCUCAUUUCCAACGACUUGGUGGAUGAAGCUGUGGCUUUGUGCAUUCGAGGCGCCGAGCAUCUGGACCCUGAAGGCGCCCAGACUUUGUGGCUGACUCUAUUGCAAAGUAAGAGGAGCCUGAAAAAGACGUCGUUGAGGCAACUGCUGCAUGCAGCUGCGCCGCAUGUUCCUCCCGAUCAGCUCCUCGAUUUGGUGAAUAAUGCUAAUUACGGGGAAGUGAAGAGCACAGUGUUGGGAAUGCUUAGCGAUUAUAAGCACGACAUUGAUUUGCUGCAGUCUAGCAUGCAAGUUCUGGGCAAAGAUCUCCAUUAUCAAUUGGCCAAGACAUUUCAGCAGAAUGGAAAAGGUGUUUCAAUCAGAAAACUCACUUGCGAUCUUUGCCAAAAAUCGUUUUCUUACCGCAAGGAAGUGGACACGAAUAUGAGCAUUUGCGUAUGGGGAUGCGGGCAUUCCUUUCACUCUCAAUGCAUCGGUGCCAGCGAUUCCAACGAUUUCUGUCCGGUUUGUAGGAGAAUAGGCAAACCGCUGCCUAAAAUGAAGAAAAUCUUGGAAAAAAGCCCUUACAGAGGUAAGACUAUACUAAGGCCCGACCUAGAAGGUCAUUUUUAAAACUAGUCUAUGCUUAGGAUGAAUUACUUGAUUUUACCCGACCCACUGGGUAUCGCUUUAGCGAACUUAUUUAUGUUCUUGAUCGAUCCGGCAAGCAACUAAAGUAGAUUAACCCACUUCCUGCUCCAACACAAAUCAUACCUGUUUUCGAAUCCCCCAAUUAGUUCAGUAUUUCCGUUUGAAGGCCAGUUGCCUAUUCCUUCGCCUUAUCCCUUCAACUUAUCAUACAUUGAUUGUGAUAUUUAUAUUUUUAUUAUUUGUACAAAACUAUAUACAUGUUAAUGCGUAAGUGAAGGAUAAUUUAUUAAAAUAAAAUAAGCUGCAAAGUA